AUGUCCUCUGCUGCUCCACUGGUGCCUCGUGCUCCGGGCAGCCCCCUCUCCGACCGCGAGUACCAGAUCUUCUUCGACAUCCUGCGUCCCUCCUGGAAAGCGGAGGCAUCCUGCCAGGUGCGUCAGGCACAAGGCUGCCUCAGCCCUGACAUCCUGCAGCUGGACCGGGAUGAGAACCACGGCCAUAUCCCCCAAGGGCCAGUCUGCUCUGAAUUCCCAGAGAAGCCGUGGUUUCAGACCUUCUGCCGGUUCGCCCAGUACCGCUGCUUCCAACGCCAGUUCUACGUCAAGCGAAUCCCAUGUCCAGCUCCCGGGCAGGCUGCUCGCUCGUCUGUUGAUGAGCUGCUGCGCACCGGCGUGGAUGCUCUCCUGAAGUACUCCUACGCACUGUCGAGCCAGGAACCGCUGCCGAAGAAGCCCUCCAUGGCCAUGCCAGGCCUGCUGGGAUCUACACAGGACAGGGAGCUGCCUCUCUCACCGACCCAGCUGGUCCCGGCUUCUCGUGCCCCCUCACCUCCCAGGCUGGGAUCCUCUUCCCAGCCAGAGAAAACCUGGGAGCAACACCUGCAGAACAGCAUCUGGGAGCUGAUCCAGUUGGCCUUAUCCUUGGAAACGCAUCAGGUCACCGCAGGCUCUUCUCGGAACUCCACUGACAAGCCACACACCGGGAGCAUGCCAGGCAGCACCAAGGAGGGGGUGCAGGGAACGGUUCCCCCCGGCAGCCUUUUGGCCCUGAAGAAGGAUGAUGCCAAGAUGAUCCUGUGCUAUGCGAUGCUGGAGGGAAACUGUCUCUCGUCGGUGGUCACCCAGGCCUGGAAGGAGUUGGAAGAAAGUGUCCUUGGGUUCGGAGAUUCGGUGUGUGACAACCUCGGGCGGCGUCACAUGGACCUGUGCCCUGACUGCGCUUUCUGCUCGCUGAAGAGGGAGCAGUGUCAGAACCCCCAAAAAGUGAACCGGGUGCACUGCAGGACAGGCAGCUUCACCGUCUACAUCAACCCGCAGAUCUCAAUCCAGCACCAGGUUGCGGCCAUCAAGGCCAGCUCCCUGGAGACCUCGGACUACUAUGGCAUGGAAUUUUUCAGAGAGAUGAGGGCAGAGUACUGGUGCAGCCGGAUUGCCACCUACGGCUGCGAGGACCCUCGCGUGACCCUCUGGCUGAAGGCAGAUAACGCCACCUUCCGAGACGGAAGUGCUGCAAACGAGAUCUGCGACUCGAGCGGCUUUCAGCACCCCACCUACUGCGCGUUCAAGAGCCACCAGUGCCUCCAGCGAAGUCUCUACAACGUGAGGGUGUCUCGCCAAGACUGCCACAGGAACGAGACGUACCGAGUGCUGAGCGAGAAGGAGGGAGAGGAGGAGGUGCAGCUGUGGCACCAGAGGUUCCUCAACUUCACCAAGGGAUGA